UUUUCCGUGCUGCACUUGUUUUAUCUCCAAGGCUCCCCGCCCGUAAAGCAUGGCCAUCUUUCACCCCAUGCUCCCCCUCCUCCUGCUCCUCCACCUCUCCACCACCGCAUACUCCAUCGGCAUAAAUUAUGGAACUCUAGGAAACAACCUUCCUCCACCAGCCCAAGUGGCCAACUUCCUCAAGACCCAGACCAUCAUUGACCGCAUCAAAAUCUUCGACGCUAACCCCGACAUCCUCAGGGCCUUUGCCAACACUGGCAUCUCUGUCACCGUGACUGUUGGCAACGGGGAGAUCCCCGCCCUCGCCAACCUUGCCAACGCCCGCCAGUGGGUGGCGACCCACAUCGCCCCGUUCCACCCGAGGACAAGGAUUAAUUAUAUAGCCGUUGGCAAUGAAAUCAUGGCCACCGCAGACAAGAACCUCAUCAGCCACCUCGUCCCGACAAUGAGGACUCUCCACCAGGCCCUUGUUCUUGCCGGAAUCAAGACAAUUAAGGUCACAUCUCCUCACUCUCUUGGAGUACUUUCAAUCUCCGAGCCGCCGAGUGCUGGCAGGUUCAGGCGAGGCUACGACCGGCUCGUAUUUGCGCCCAUGCUCAAGUUUCUACGUGAAACCGGGGCACCUUUCAUGGUCAACCCCUACCCCUACUUCGCCUACUCCCCGAAGAUGGCGAACUACGCCCUCUUCAAGCGAAACCCUGGUAUCCACGACAAGAACACCGGCAUUACCUACACCAACAUGUUCGACGGCAUGAUGGACGCCAUCCACUCAGCCACGAAGGCCCUCGGUUUCGGGGACGUGAACUUGGUAGUGGGAGAAACAGGUUGGCCCACCAAUUGCGAUGGCUACGAGGCUUGUAGCUCGACGCAUGCAGCGUUGUUUAACGGGCACUUAGUCAGGCAUGUCAGCUCAAGCAGGGGUACACCGUUGAUGCCCAACCGAAGGUUUGAGACCUAUUUGUUCUCCUUGUUCGACGAAAACCUUAAGCCCGGACCGACCGCUGAGAGGAACUGGGGGUUGUUCAGGCCAGAUUUCAGUCCCAUUUAUGACAUUGGGAUUAUGCGCAACCGGCCGCAGCCGCAGCCUCCUCGUCGUAAUAGACGAGCACCCGCAGGCAUUAGGAGGUGGUGCGUGCCCAAAAGAGAUGCAAGCAAUUCAGCGUUACAGUCAAACAUAGACUACGUAUGCAGCUCAGGUGUGGAUUGCAGGCCCAUACAAGCUGGGGGAGCCUGCUUCCAACCCAACGAUGUUAGGUCCCACGCAUCCUUCGUCAUGAAUGCUUUAUAUCAGAAGUCUGGUCGCCAUCCUUACAACUGUGAUUUCUCCCACACUGCAGUCCUCACCUCCAUUGACCCAAGCCAUGGCACAUGUAAAUACGUUGCAUAAGAAUUGAAAAGGAUCGGGAUGCGGGUCACGUAAGGCUGACUGGGAGCUCGUCUCUAGCUAACCAUAUAUGUAUACUUGGAGAAACUAAUGACAUUCAAUUAUUUAUUUAUUUAUUUCUUCUAUUGUUGGAUUUUUAGCUGUAACGUACAUUGCACUGUCCACGAAAGAUAAUAACCAUGACAUGAGAGGCUUCUAUA